GAGGCGGCAGCCCUCGAGUUUUGAUUUCCGUCUAGGGCAGAAGAUCCGGCAGCAAUGUGGAUGCUGGGCUCGCUCCUGUGCCUUACGGGCCUCCUGGCACACAUCUGCUGCGAGGAACUAUUUGGCAUCGUGGGAGAAAAUUUUACUUUUCCUGCAAAAAUAGACCCAAAAGUAGUGGACAUUACGUGGAAUAAAGACAAGAAUUUAGUGGUUGAACGGGAAGGGCAAAACAACCUGAAAUAUUUUGGUGAUCUCCAGAAYAGGGCUGUGCUUCAGGAGGAUGGGUCCCUGACUAUUCUUAACUUGCAGAAGAGUGAUAGUGGCACAUAUGAGUUAGUGUCCUGGGAUUCUGUGAAAGAUCACAACUCCAAGUUCAAACUUGACGUGUUAGAUCCCCUUCCUGAACCUACAAUAAGUUGCAACACCAGCACUGGUGUUAACCUUGUAUUAARCUGUACAGCAGAUUUCCAGAGGCCUCUGAUUUACACUUGGGAGCUCAGUAAUGAGCCACACAGCUAUCAGGGCCAGGAGCAUUCCAUCCCUUUGGAGAAUAUUGAUCAUACUGUGAAAGCUACAUGUGUCAUUAAAUUCUCACAAACAGCAAGGAGCUCUGAAAUCUCUUUGAUUCAAUGCCUUCCAGGUGAAACAGGAGACAGUUCUUACAAACGAAACAGAGGUGGUCUUAUUGCAGCUGUAGUCUUCUCUUUGGCAGCUAUAGUAACCCUAGUAUUCCUGUUCAGGAAAGGUAGAAGUAAACGUGAAACAGGAAGAAGGGCUGCUCAGAGCAGUCCAGGGAAUGGCUCAGGAGAACGUGAGCAACUUUUCCAUGGGAACAGCCAAGAACAGCCUAACUCAGAGGGAGCUGCAUUUUCACAAACUGUUCAUUGUGAGAAUGAAGAGCCUGAAGCAGACAGAGAAUUGAACGAGGAGGACAGAGCCCUGAAAGACAAGCAGACAGCAAACAAUGGUGUAACACAGGGAGACACCUUUAAAAAGAACAGCAGCUUGCAGGCCAACCAUGCAGCUGACACAAAUGAAGGAGAAGUGUCCCAGGAUGCAGAAGGGGAAAAGGGAGAGCACAUGAACAACUCUGCCAGCUGCAGUAAAGAAGAUCUUAAAUCAUAAGCAAAUAAUUGCUUUGGUGCCCAAAUAAAUUAUGGAAGAGAAGCAGCAGAAYUCAGUGGUGAAGGAGGUGCUAGCUUUUCCCUUGAAGGUCUUCCAGAAGCAAUGAAGUUGUCAGAGCUUCAUCAAGAAGCACUUUGAAGACAAGCUGAACAGCUUCCAGUGCCUAUUUUUCUCUCCUCAGGAAAGACAGUGUCCUUUUCUAGUACUACUUUGUGAAGACAAAUAGGCCAAAUCAUGGACAAAAUCUUUUGAAUUGUUUUGUAUUCGGUUUUAACAAAAGGUGCCCUGCUAACACACCAAGGCCUCUUUGCAGCUGAUAUUUAGGGAUUUACAGAGUUAUAUAUAUUUGUAUGAAUGUGGAGAAAUCAAAAACUGAKCAGCUUCCUAUGCACUUUUUUAUCAGUAACUUUUUAUAGUAAGAAAAAGACUCAAUCCUUCAGCACACCCAGAUGGGUGGAAGUUUCCAUUUUCUAGACUUGAUUCUCCAGUAGGAAAUCAAAGAUCCAGAUAAAGCUAUCUCCUGGAGUUGGCAGGCACGUGGCAAACUAAGCAUCUCCUGACAGUGGUUCAUUCUGUGAUAAAGCUACGUUUCAGCUUUUUGUUGCACUGGAACAAAGCUGCUAUUAGCAGCAGUUUUGGGGUUUUCCUAAAACUUUUUAUAUUUCUUGAACUUUCAGUAUUUUUUUUAACGUCUUAUCUCCCACUUCACUUUCAUUUUUCUGAGAAUGUCAACUCACUGUACUAAUUUCUAAAUAAKAAUAGUAUGUCUUUGAGUGGCUUGAGAUGAGAAAAAAAAACUUGAAAACUGAAGUCACAUAUAUGUAAUGAAGCUCAAAAAGAGUAAUACCAUGCAUUAAUGUUUCCAGAACAUCAUAUGRAGUGUUUUUCUUUAUGUUUACAUGCUGGUUGUUCAUGAAAGCUGAAAGCCACUUCAGUUCAUUUUGAACUUGUUUUGUAUAAAGAAUCAUGGAGGUUUGACACUGGAACCAAACAUCAGGAGCUUCCCCUUCAACUUUCCCCUUGUUUCAACUUAUGCCCUUUCCACUCACACAAUUUCUUCUGCUAUUUGCAGCUAUACUGCAUGAGGAUUCAACAGUCACUUUACCUCUACUGCUGCCUGUAAAUAUAAUUUAUUUUUAAAAUACUCAAGAUGUAAAAAUCUUCAUAAUAUCUUUUUGUAAUAUAUACAUGCAAUUUUUACCUAACYUUAGAAAUUACUAACUGAUUCCCAUUAUACUUAUAUAUAUUUAUUAUUUUGGGGGAUCAGUGGUCCUGACCCAAGUGUCUUGGUCUAUUCCAUCUUCAAUGAAUUUGUCAGGAAAACGCUGUCUGCUUCUUAAUAACUUUUUAACAAGUCUCCACACCAAAAUGUCAUUUGUUAUGUGUAUUGUAGAAAGAGUAAACCUGUACCUUGUUUUCCUGCUUGGGCAAAGUCUUAUUUUCUSUUAUUAAUGUGAGAAAUAAUGGCAACAAAAUGAUUUUCUGGUGGAACUGGCUGAAAUUGCUCCCAGAAACUACAGCAGUUUGUCCAAUGAUCUCCAUUCAUCCCAUGCAAUUUAAUACAAAACAGCACUGAAAGGUCUCACAUGAAGCGGUUUUGAGAAUUCUUUUGACACCUGAUAWAAUUGACAUUGUUUCCAAAGCAAGAAGCAACAGCCUUCAAAAAUAGUAAACAGUUGUGGUUAAUUAACCACAGGUGCUGGAAGUUUCCAGAAUAGUUGGAGCUUUGUUAGAAGUAGAAAAUSCCAUUUACAUAGCAGGCUGACAUAAGACCAAGAACUAGAGGCUCUACAGUCUCUCAGUGUUUGCUUUCACCUUUUUACCUUGCAGUGUCUGCUGUGCAGAAGAGAUUUCUAGUAGAAGUGCAAACCACAUUUUUCAAAGCCACAGAGAAGCUUUAUUUUAUUGGUAUUGUUGUUUCUUUGGGUUUUAUGAGAGGUAGAUUUUGGAUUUACCUAUAAGGAUGUGAAGUCAGACAUUUGGGAGAAUAAAUUCACCUGACUUCUACCAUUUUUGGUGACAGUAUUUGUGGUGCCAUUUCCCAUAUMCUUCUCUCCAAAUGUCUCCUCAGUAAACAAGAAUAAACUUUUUUUUUAUGUGAAAAGCUUGUG